AUGCGUGUUACCUUCAACCCUCGUGAGGGUGCUGUUGUUCACGAUGUCCGCUAUGAUGGACGUCCGGUCAUGUACCGUCUCAGCAUGAGCGACAUGACUGUACCUUACGCUGACCCUCGCCCACCUUUCCACCGCAAGCAAGCCUUUGACUUUGGUGAUGGUGGUCUUGGUAACGCAGUCAACAACUUGACUCUUGGCUGUGAUUGCCUCGGUGUUAUCAAGUACUUUGAUGGUGUUCUUACCGAUGCCAAGGGAAGUGCCGUUGAGACCAAGAACGUCAUCUGCCUUCACGAGCAGGACAACGGUAUCAACUGGAAGCACACCAACUGGCGCACUGGCCGUGCCGUCGUCACCCGCCGCCGUGAGCUCGUCAUCCAGUUCAUCAUCACUCUCGCCAACUACGAGUACAUCUUCAACUUCAAGUUCGACCAAGCAGCCGGCAUCGUUGUCGAGGCCCGUGCCACGGGUAUUGUCUCCGUCGUCAACAUCGACCCCGGCAAGACCGCCCCCUGGGGUAAUGUCGUCAGCCCCGGCGCCCUGGCGCAGAACCACCAGCACGUCUUCUGCGUGCGCAUCGACCCCUCCGUCGACGGCCAUGAGAACACGGUCGUGCAGGAGGAGAGUCUGCCGCUCAAGAUGGACCAGCGGACGAACCCGAACGGCAAUCUGUACGAGGUCAGGCAGACGCCCAUUACGACGUCGGCGGGCUUCGAUGCCGCCCCGAUGAACAACCGCGUCUUCAAGAUCCAGAACCUCAGCAAGCCGAACCCCAUCAGCGGCAAGCCCGUCGGAUACAAGAUCACGCCGCCGGCGACGCAGCUCCUGCUCGCCGACCCCAACAGCGUGCAGUCCAAGCGUGCGCUGUUCGCGCGCCACCACCUCUGGGUCACCAAGUACAAGGACCACGAGCUAUUCGCUGGCGGCCGGUACACCCUGCAGAGCAAGCUCGAGGUCGGCGGUGUCAGCGAUGCUGCUGACAGGAACGAGGACGUCCUGAACCAGGACGUUGUCGUCUGGAGUGUUUUCGGUCUGACACACAACCCUCGCAUUGAGGAUUGGCCCGUCAUGCCCGUCGAGAUGUUGCAAUUGCACAUUACUCCCUCUGACUUCUUCACUGGAAACCCUGCGCUUGAUGUGCCUUCAAACAAGGACAUUGGCUCUCAAUUGACUUCGGGCAACCAGAGCUGCUGUGCUGAGAAGGAGGCUCCCAUCAAGAGUAACUUGUAA